AUGAACAUUUUGCCGAUGGAUCUCGAUCUUGGGGAGCGACUGGAAGCUAUCAUUCACUACAGCAAGGUACUGUUCUUUCAUCAAACCUUUUCGAACUGGGAGGGAAAGCCGCGAUGGAGGGAGGGAGUUAUAGGAGACAUGGAUGAAGUAAGUUUGGAUUGGCUGGACAAGGAUGAUGAUGUUCGACCUGCACCAGGUGCGGAUAAGCGGAUAUGCACUUCAGCUGCUUGGAAGGCCUUUUUGAAACACCUGCAAGAGAGGAUCAACGACUGGAUGAACCCGCUGCACGACUCGGCCCUAAAGGAGGUCGUGGGACUUCGGAAACUCCUGAGACGGGCAAGGGAGGAGAACCGCAAUAGCAAGUAG